AUUCAUUUAGACUUUGGUCUUUCAAAGCCAAAUUUAUCCCCAGCAUAGGGGUUUGAUUUGCAUUGGGCAGCACAGUUAACUAGAACGUUAUCUAUAUGAAGGGCUGAUGGAAGACACAAGGGAUUUGGCUGAACGCACCCCACGUUCAGAGCGUAAGCGGAGAGACUCGUACGGGAUGUUUGAUGGCUAUGACAGCUGUAGCGAGGAGUCCACCAGCAGCUCCAGCUCAGAGGACAGCGAGGAUGAAGUGGUGCCCUCCAUCCCUGCCAGCCUGCCCAUCAUCAAGAACAAUGGCCAAGUCUACACCUACCCCGAUGGCAAGGCUGGAAUGGCCACUUGUGAGAUGUGUGGAAUGGUUGGAGUACGAGAUGCUUUUUACUCAAAAACCAAGCGUUUCUGCAGCGUGUCCUGUUCAAGGAGUUAUUCCUCAAAUUCCAAAAAAGCUAGCAUCUUGGCAAGACUCCAGGGCAAACCACCAACAAAAAAGGCGAAAGUCUUACAGAAACAGCCUCUUAUGGCAAAGUUGGCAGCUUACGCCCAGUACCAAGCAAGUCAACAGAACCAGGCCAAAUCAAAAGCUGUGGUCCCUGCAGAGAGCUUUGACUGGGGUCGGUAUAUCUGUAGCAGUAACACGACUGGAGCUCCAGUCAGCUGUUUCAAGCACGCCCCUAUGGGGACAUGCUGGGGAGACAUAGAGGAAGGAGUGAGGCUUGAAGUACUCAACUCCGAUAUCAACCUGUCCACUAAAGUGUACUGGAUAGCAGAAAUCAUUAAGCUAGCAGGGUUCAAGGCUCUCCUGCGGUAUGAGGGCUUUGACAACGACACCAGUAAGGACUUCUGGUGUAACCUCUGUAUCCCUGAGGUGCACCCGGUGGGAUGGUGCGCAUCAAGCGGCAAACCCCUUGUACCUCCGAAAACCAUACAGCAUAAGUACUCUAACUGGAAAGCCUUUCUUGUGAAGCGUCUCACUGGAGCUAAAACACUGCCACCUGACUUUAAUUCCAAGGUACAUGAGAACAUGCAGUUCCCCUUUAAGAAGCUGAUGCGGGUAGAGGUGGUGGAUAAGAACUACCUGUGCCGGACACGGGUGGCGCUGGUGGAGCAGGUAAUCGGAGGUCGCCUCAGGCUGGUCUAUGAAGAGAGCCAGGACAGGUCAGAUGACUUCUGGUGCCACAUGUUUAGCCCCCUCAUCCACAAUAUAGGCUGGUCGCGCAGCAUCGGACACCGCUUCAAACGGUCCGAUAUUGCGAAGAAAAUUGAUGGUCAAGUUGAUGCUCCUGCACAGUUCUUCCAGAAGGUGAAAGAUGUGGACCAGGGUGGGGAUUGGUUUAAAGACGGGAUGAAGUUAGAAGCCAUUGACCCCCUCAACCUCUCAGCUAUAUGUGUAGCCACUGUAAGAAAGGUGUUGGCAGACGGGUACCUCAUGAUCGGGAUCGAUGGUUCGGAGGCAGUGGACGGAUCAGACUGGUUCUGCUACCACAGCACCUCCCCCUCCAUCUUCCCUGUCGGCUUCUGUGAAAUCAAUGACAUUGAACUCACGCCCCCUAGAGGGUACACUAAACUGCCAUUUAAAUGGUUUGACUACCUCAGAGAAACGGGUUCAAUAGCUGCUCCUGUCAAGCUCUUUAACAAGGAGGUUCCCAAUCAUGGUUUCCGACAAGGCAUGAAACUAGAGGCUGUCGAUCUAAUGGAGCCACGGCUGGUAUGUGUUGCCACGGUGACGAGGAUUGUGCACCGGCUACUGAGGAUCCACUUUGACGGCUGGGAGGAUGAGUAUGACCAGUGGGUUGACUGCGAGUCACCUGACCUCUACCCUGUGGGCUGGUGCCAGCUGACGGGCUACCAGCUCCAGCCUCCCGCCUCGCAGAGUAACAGGGAAAUGCCUCAGUCUGUACCCAAGCAGAAGAAAAAGGCCCAGCAGUACAAAGGACAAAAGAAAAAGAGGAAGAUUCCAGUUGGUCGGCGGCCCUUCAGUCAGGCAGGCAGGAGGAGGAGCAGCUUCUCGGGAGACGAAGAGCAGAGUCCACCCCCUUACCCUGCCCAGGGGCCCACUCGGCCCCGACCCCGAACACACCUCCACCAAACCCACAAAUCAGAGUCUCUCCUGCGAAUGAAAGAGGAGACGGCAGAGGUGGAUGAGUUUACCUUCUCACAGGGCACCUCCGACCAGGAGAGCAACGGCUCGGGCAGCUACUACAUCAAACAGGAGCCCUGAGGUCACAAAGUCAGGACAGAGCAGGAUGAACCGGGUCGGGACACACCUCUGGAAACCCCCAGCGAGGAUCAGGAAUGUGGAGAGUCAAACUAGCCUUGAAUCACACUCAGACCAACGCCACAGGCCUUCUAUGGAGUCAGAACAGGAGACAGCGAGGACGAGGAGGGGGUCAUUUUCAUUCUUCUGAAAAAUCCUGAAGGGAACAAUUUUCUAACCUUGUAGCUGUGCGUGCACAUAAUCACUCACGAAACCUUUACGAUUGGUUGGAAAGCACCCAGGGUCGGACCUGGGUCACACACAUUUGGGCAUUCUCUUUCGUAACGACGCAACAUCGGUCUUUCCUCUCCAGUCUGAAACAUCCAGCCAGACAGGAGACGUCUGGGUGGAUCAUUAAAAACAACCCCUUCUCGACAGAAACGGGGGUCCCGCAAGCCGACAUCAGCCCACCCUGCCUCUGCCACAAUCUGGGCCGCGCACAGAGACCUGUAGAAACUGUGAGAACCAUUUAUUGAGCCAGGUCUUAAGUUUUGUUUUUGUUUUUGUUUUGUUUUGUUUUCAGGUCAGAGUCAGUCACUGAGCGGCCUGAGGAGAGAAGAGAGGCUGGCAGUGAGUGGGACAGAGUUGUGCAUAUUUUCAUUAUUUUCUUCUGAACAAUUUUGCCAGGUGGACUUUUACUUUGUUAAUAGUACUUGAAGUUUUUUUUUUUCUUUUAUUUUGUAAUGAUUUUGGAGUUGUUUUUGUCUUAAUGUACUUAUUUUGCAUUUACAUUUUUGGUGGCUGUGUGGGGAAACUUAUGUGCAUUGUUUCAUAAAAGUGAUGAUAUUCAUAUAGUAUGUGGAGACCUAUUCAAAUAGAACUACAGAGUAUAGAUAUUAAGGAUUGUGGUUUGAGGAGAGAUCUGCUGCUCAGCAUUACUGACACUGAUCUCGUUUUUUUGUUUGUUUUUUCAUUUUGUUUUUGUUUGUCCAGUAUUGACCACAAGACUCCACAGCUGCAUUAGUUUCCGAUUCAAACAUUACAGAACCAAAGUCUGAUCCGAGCUCAACAAUAUCGCUCAUACUGGGGCUUUGUUACCACAGCAACCUGCGGGUUUCAUCAAAGCCACAAAAAUGAAAUAGAUGUCAGCCUCAAAUCAGGAUGCAACAAAAAUGUGAUCGUCAUGGAUACUAUUUUUGAUUAUUUGUUCAUUUAGACUGGAAAAUAGGGACAAAUGGCCAUUAAAAUUUCUGAAUUUCAAAUAUUCAGUCAUUUAUGAGAUAACACAGAGACGCGAAGCCUAGCCCUUCCAUUUGAGAUGUUUGAACCAGCGUCUUUUUGGGAAUUUUUAAAUUACAAAUGAUUCAAAUUGUUGUUGAUACAUUUUCUAAUUAAUCGAUUAAGCUACGAGUUGUUUCACCAUUAAAAAGUGUUUUUUGUCUUUUGUGUUUAUGACAGCUGUGAGGUGACAUUUAACAAGCAUGGUGCAGCUUUAAACAGUAAUCCAUGUCGUGCAUUUGUUGCUGAGAUUAGUCCUUACAGUUGUUUUAUUUAAUGACAGAAAUCCUCUUGCACAUUGCAUUGAGCAUCAGUUUGUACAACUUAAUAUCCCUCAGCUAUAUUAAGGGGGCAUUGUGGGGAAUAUCUGGUUUUUACUACUACUUAAAUGUCCACAUUUGGAGCUGUAACACCCCACCAAAUCUGGCACAAACAUUCCGUCACGGUCCAGCCGGUAAACCGGCCUGUAGGUUGCUAUAGAUUAAACAGACCACGAUAAGCUUGAACAAGAGAGCUAACGGUGUUGGCUGGCUUUGAUUGCUCAAUGUGGAGCUUUAGGGACCUAUCGCAGUAAUCACAACCCCCACAAUACCUCUAACUGGAUUAGUAGCUGCUGCAGCAAGCAUUCAGCAGUGCUAAUGAGCCCAGGAGAUAACCGUUGUCUUCCUCUAUUAAAAAAACUAGCAGAAAUGUACAAGUUGUGAGACUUUGUGCUGUAAUGUUGAACAGAAGUUAUGAAGCUGUGGAGAUAAAAAGCUUUUUUUUUUUUAAAUAAAACAAAAUCACCUGAGUUUUAAAGAAAUACUAAAUGAGAACAAAUUUGCAUAGUGUGACUGUAAGUGAGCAGCAGGGUAUGUUGUAUAAAAGAGAAACCUUACUGGUAUGAUAGGGUACAGUCUGACAUGUUAUUCCCGCUGUCCAACGCUACAGGACGUACUUUGACCUUUACAGUUUGGAUGUAGCUGCUGUCAGGGAGCAACCUGUCUUAUUGGACAGACAGACAACACAACUGACCAAUUCUGGCCUCAUAUCAGUCAAACUGUACAGCGUAUGAAAAGGUUGUGGAUGCUGGCAGGUGCAUCGCUUUGAUAACGUCAAAGGUUGCGCGACGGCAGUGAGAUUCAGAUUGCAGACACAGGUGCUUCUGUUCUGCUUUGGACCACAUCUGCUGUGUUUAUGCCCAGAGCGUCCUUAGAUAUCCAUCUGGAACUCUUUUUCAUUUAUAUGGAGUCUGGAGUAUGAUACCAGACCCUGACUUACCCCACCUUUAAGCUAGGCUCGACUCUGUGUUAAAUUAUAGUCAGUCAAUACAUUAAAAAGUUUUUAUUUUCUUUUUUAACUAAAUAGACCAAAAAAAUGAAGGAAUUGGCUGAUUAAUGCGAGCAUUUUCUAAUUCUGUCUUUAAAUUCUAAACAGAAUGAUGGCAUUCAUUUUUAUUUAAGACAGAACCCACAGAUUUCUACAGGAGCCCUGAUUGGCCAGUUAUCAUGUUUUUAUAGGACUCUGGCCAAUCAGACAUCAUGUAAUAUUGAGGUGUGUAAACAACUUUGACUUCUGAUAAGUAAAUGGGAUAACAAAGUAAAAAUUGAAAAUCUUUUUGAAAAAUAAUUUUGCGAGUCCAAUUUGAAAUGUAAAAAAACCCAAAUGCUAUUAAUGUACUAAUAUAAAACAGAAGGUACAUAACACGUAAGAAUAAUCCUUUGAAAAAACUAAAUGUAUUCUUUGACUAUAAUCCAACACUGAAAAUGUGGCACACUCAAAACUCCAUUCAUUCAGCAUUUGUAGCAUCAAACUUUGGUUUCUGUCAUUGAAAAUAAGAGGUUGGACUCCUGUCUCAUUAAGAGAAAAGCAGAACCUCUGCCUUGGUUAAACAGUCUUAUAAUCAAGCGGUUUUGUACAAAUGCGACAAAGAAUAUGUUAAGUAUGUUAUUAGGUUCAUAUGCAACGCAUUAGUGUUUUUCUAUUGCUUAGGUUUCAUGUCAGAGCCAUAUGUAUGCAAGCUAGUUUAUGAUUCACCUGAGCCACAGAAUAACAGGUUUGUUGUUAAUAAUAUAACAUGAACAAUGCACUGCUUUACCAAUAGUCUCUGAGGGCAGCAUUCACAUAAGACGACAGGAUCUAAAAGUGGCAUAAAUACAUAGAUUCUAUAUAUAUACAUAUAUAUAUUCUUCAUGACUAUGAUGGUAUGGAGUAACAAAUCCUGAUUAGUCAGAAAUCCAUGCUUGGCCGUGGAAAAGACAAGACUCCUUCAUUCUUCUUAGAGCUAGAUUUUUGCAGCUGUUUAUCUACUACCUCCUGAUGCUAGCCACGUUUAGCUAAAACAAGAGUAUGAAAUAGACUAUGGCAGUGUGUUAGCAUAUGCAAAUGGAAAUGAAUACCGAAAAUGGUCCACUUGAAGACUAGGCACCAAACACGGAAGAAUUUUAUCACAGCACAUGAGGUAGUCUUCUAAUUUGAAUGAUGCAAUAAUAAUAGAUCCCAUAUUAUUUUGCUAUGUUAAAUAAAAUACAACUUAUAGCACCCUCAAAUGUCAUGAUCACUACAUUAAUAUAAUUAACAUAUGAGAUAAUUUAACAAAAUGGUAUUGUAUAACUGUGAUUUUUGUGAGCAAGGGUUGGUAAUACAGAAUACUCAGUGUAUGGCCAAAGGCUGUAUUGAAAUGCAGAGCAGAUUUAAACUUCUCAGUGACGGUAAAAGAUCCAUAAUUUCUCUUUCUACCAGUAAGGUUCAUGAUUAAAUUCUCAGGAAGUUUGUGUUUCUUUUUUUGGUUGUAGGGGUCAUAAGUACAAGUCUGAAUCAGCUCAAAGGUGUCUACAUCUUGUGCAUCUCGCUGUGGAAGCAAAGAAGUGCCUUAAAAAGUAGAAUCUUUAAAGCGACUGAAAUAAUAGGAGUGAGGUUGAACCCUUGUUGGUUACCUGAAAUUUAAAUACCACUGAAUAUGAUCCUCUGAAAACCAGCUGUCUGAAUUUAGGUGGUUUUAAAUCUUUGGAGUUUCCAGCAGAGGCUUUCAAGUGGUGCCAUACGAAACGCUUGAUUUAAAAAAAUGAUUUGUUUCAGUUGUUGGAUGUUGUAUUUUUUUGUGCGGGGUUAGCACAUUCAAAUAGAAAAAUCAUCUGUGCCGUUUUCAAAAUCAGUACUCUGGUUCAUUUUAAGUUGAAAAUCUUGUUCAGAUAAUCAUUUUGUGUGAGAUGUUGUUGAAUGAGGUGAUUUAUCUUGUUAUAUCAGGAGCUGUGGGCUCUGAAAAUUAGUCAGGUUCUGAAAAUGAUCCAAAAAAUGUAAGUAAGGUCUAAAAGUCAGGUUGCUCAAAUGAGCUCGGUGGAAUUCAGACUGAAAAUUUCAAGAUGUUUUUUUUAUUUUAACUUGUGAGCAAACACAAGAAUAAUAAAAUCCAGCUUCAGGUUCAGGUGUUCGGUUGCUUUCAGGAUUCUAAUUAUCAGGGCGUUUGUUUGCUUCCAUACUAUUCAAACAACAAAGGUCUUAUCACUCACAAUGUCAUGUGUUUUUGUCGAUUGUGUUUUAGUCUGUCUUCAUGUUAAAUUCUACAUUUGAGUGACAAAAACACACAACAAUUUUUGUUGCUUUUUUUUAGUUUGAUUUGCUUUCUGUAUCUUCCUGUGUGAGAUUUUUUUUUUCUACCAGUCUCCUUUUUAAUUUGUCUCCUGAUCAGAUUGGAUACGAAGCUGAGCUGAAAAGCUAAGCUUCUCACACCAAAUGAGCAAUAAAAGACAGUGUCUCACAAUCAUUUGAAGCAGAUGGGUUUCAGGUUAGGAUCUGUCAUUGGGGUUAUUUCCCUCUGGUGUUGGAAGACAGAAAGAAGCAUUAAAGUACUUCAUGACCAAACUGCAUUAAUAUCUUAGUACAAAAAUGAAAAAAAGACUGUUCUAUGGGCUAACUGCUGCUACCCUCCUCUAGAUUAACCCUAAAUAAUCAAAUGCACAAUCAACACUGUUUUGGAUCUUCUGUUUCUCACUUUUCCUUGUAGAUAUUCAACUUUCUUGUUUCACCUUGAUCCCAAAAUCUAAAAAUGGAACAAGUUUGACCUCCGUUCUCGGGUAGCUGUGUUCCUCACGCGUUUGGGCAUCAGUAGCUGGAGGUGGAAGCCAGGAGCUGAUUUGGGAUUGGGUGCACUGAUCAACUGAAUGCAUGUAGAACAGAACUUGUUGUGCCGAUGUCGUGCAGAGCUCGUUUUUUCUUUUCUUUUUUUGUAACCGUCAUUGGUUGUUCUUCAGUCUGUCUGUGUUUCUCCUCCUCCACUGUGAUCAGAAAAUGUGCGGAAGCCCAUUUCUGCCAAGAAAAGAAAAUAGAUUAAAAGUUAAGCAUGAUAAAAAAGAAAAUCAUGCUAAAUCCAAUUUUUUUAAACAAAACUGAGAUAUUAAGUCAAAACUUGGACUAAAGCAAAAAAUUACAAUUUAAAUUUAAUUAUGACAGAAAUUUAAAAAAAAUUCUGUCAUAAUAUUGUAACUCAUAAUUUUGAUUUGAAGUUGGACUUUUUCAUGAUUAUUUAUGGACUAUUUCAUUAUUUUGACUCAGAAUAUAAUUUUGGCUCAGUGUACAAAACUGUGAUGGACAAAUCUCCUAAAUAACUUCCGUUUUGAUUUGCCUUCUCCUAACUAUUAUUUACCACGAGUAUUUUCACUCCUGUUUUGUACAACUUUUCAUCAGUUCUUUCUGUCUCUGGCGUUAAUGGGCUUCCGUAGGAAGGACUGGGUUGUGGUUACAGAGUUCUUCUGGCACUCGUUCUGCGAGUGAUGAGGAGCAGUCCAGAGUUGGAUAUUUGUUUAUUUCUUGGAUACUAACACGGGUCUUUUGUAUGUGAUAACCCCCCCAUCCCCCCUCCUCCUGUUAUAUUAAACCAUUAUAUUGUGGUGCUAUAUAUAUUUGAUAAAAAUGACUAAAUGUAUUGGGAUUACUAUUGUCUGAAAAUAAUUGUGAGUUGAGAGGGUUAUGGUGCAAAAUUUAUUUUGGAUACAAAUGAAAAAAAAAAUCUAUGUUAAUAGUUAUAAAUCUAUUGAUAUUAACACUGACCCCUGAGGUACAUUAUUAGAUUGCAGUUUAAAGUUUGUACAUCUUUUUGAUAGUGUAUACCAGUUUCCUUUCAUAUGGUAAAUUUGUGCUGUGAUCAAGCUUUGAUAGACUUUGUAAAUAAAGCCAAAUGUUUGGAUCAUAAUAUUGGUUGUAAUGAAUGGCUUCUUUGUUUACAAGCAUUGCAAACUGUUUCCGCAUGGCUGUGAAAGUUUAUCUGGUGAUUUUUGUAAGAUCUGACUUUUACACUGAAUAAAAAGGCUUAUGAC